GUGCAACCUUAAGCAAAUGCUGUUUAAAGUAAACAACCUCAUAUAUUUUAUAGACAUUGUGAAUGGGUUUUAGAGGAUUGUUUUGAAAUCAUCCAAUUUUUUCCAUCUGUGAACUAGUUUGUAGCUUGAAAACAGGUUACUGACUAAUUUAUAAUCUGGUAAUUUAGUCCAUUUUUCAGCAAAUGACAGUUAAUUUCUUUCCACAAGUUACUGUUUCUUGUUCUUUUGAAUAUCUGUUUUGUUCCUUUUGUCAUACUGAAGUGCUGCCACUCUCAUCACUUUUAGGGUUGUUAGGUAUUUAGGUUACCUAAGCAGAUGAGCUCAGCCCUGAUACAUCACUGUAGAUCUAUGCUUCUGUCUACCUCAGUUUGCAUUACUGUUCUCUGGUUCAUAAGUGUCCAGUCUUAGGUUGCAGUGACUUUAAGAUCUGUGGUUUACUGAAUGUUCAUAUUAAUGCGUUUCAACCUUGGGAUUUCAAGGGGUUUAACUUAAAACUGUGAUCUUACUGAGUAAUGGUUUAAAUGUGAAAGUUGCUUUGGACAUUUGGAGUGUCCAGUUAACCAAGAACUUUUGCCUAUGCAUCAUAUUUUGAUUCGACAAAAGUGAUACAUUUUUGUCAAUUAAAUAAAGUAAAACCUCAGUAAAUAAAACCUCAAGCAGAUGGUUGUCAGCUGGUUAGUCAUGUUUUUUCUCGAAAUAAUUAAGCGAACGCAUGUUAGAUAAGACUCUAGUGUGUAAUUCAUUCUAAUGUCACCACAACUGAUUGUGAAUAAAAUGGCAAUUUAUGUAUGAGAAAAUUUCACGGACAAAGGUUAUAAUAGGAGGCACAUAGCAACGCGUCGUUGGCAUAGAAACCUAAUCAGCUUCAGUUCAUUGGGCGUUAAACACACUUCUCAAAUCUUUGUCGCUGAAGUUUCGAACCAGCCAAUCAGAAGCAAAACAGAAUGUAGAAGGCGGGAUUUAGAGCGUCAGACGCGUCUCCGAUUGGCGGCUAUUGUCCAUGCGAAAGUCUACCGGGUACUGCAAACAACACCACACGGGGAACGCAACGUUGCAUACUUGUAUUAAGACAAAUAAAGAUCGCCCUACUGAAUUAAAGGGAUGAAAACACGGUCGCCUUCUCCACCCGUCCAUGUUCAUGUCCCAGACUCAACAUCUGUGCAUGUCCACCUGAAGAAGAGUCCACAGAAAAGCCAGCAGGGGAAAGUGAGCAAUUUACGAUCCACUGCCAGUGUAAAGGUCCGAGCCCCCUGGGUUCCUCCUGGAAAGGCUUCAAGACGAAGAGAAUACAAAUGGGAGGGGCCUACUCGCUGCUUAGAGAUCACCCCGGGACGGGCCACUGACCCUUCUUCGCCUCCUCUGCAGCUCACUGACCUGUCCAGUGAAGAGGACGAUGCGAGAGGAGUAAUCGACAAAUAUGAGAGAAAAAUUGAAAGUCUAAUGUCAGAGGUUGACUGUAUAAAAAGUGAGGUAUGGUUACGGCAGGCAGAGGACCACUUAAAGCACCAGUCACAGCAGUUGAGCGCCUGUCGGCGUUUGAUUGAUCAGCAUGAGGAAAGACUUGAAGAAGCCAGCAAGGACUUGAGGAGGACAAAGCGCGAGAAUGCUGAUCUGCGAAGCACUGUAGAUGGGACGCAGGCUGAGUCUGGACAUAUGCGAUCAGAAACAGGACCUCCACACCAGGAGAUAGAAACUUUGCAGAGGAAACUGGUGGAAGCUGAGAUAGACGGCCAGGCUGUAGCCAAACAAGUGACAGCACUGAGGGAAACCGUGGGCAAACUUAAGAAGUCAAAGAUGCACUCUGAUCAGUUGGGUCGUCAACAUGAGCUACUAGAGCAAAAGUUGGACACGUUUGUGGAGACAAACCGCACUCUCAGACGGCUUUUGAGGGAACAGCAUGGACGAGAGACAGAUGCACUGAGGUUGUCUGAUGAGAAGGAGAUGCUAAUGAGAAAACUUGCUGAAUCUGAGGCUGAGAAAAGGAAACUUCAGACUAAACUCAACCACAGGGACAGAGAGGCCAAUGAGAUGGCUGAGAAUUUGGAAAAUGAAAAGGAUCAUCUGAGGACUGCAGGAGAGCUGCCAAGGGUUCUUGAAUCCACCCGCAGUCGCUUGCAGAAUCAGCUGUACAAGAAAGAAGCUGAGAAUAACCGGCUGGAGGCUCAGAUUCAAAGGCUGGAAGAGACACUGCAGCGUCAGCAGGAGGAGGUGCAAGGCCUGCUGGAGCAGAUGAGAGAGCUGAAGCAGCAUUGUGAAGGAGACAGAGACGUCCACAAACGGGUCUUGGAGGACCAGAGGAAACAAGCUGAACAAAGUGUGAAUACAGCUGCACAGCUCUCUGCAGAACUCCUGGACAAGGAGGCUCAGUUAGCAGAGGCUCUCUCCACUGCUGAGGAGCUUCGGCAGCGCUACUCCAAACAGAACAGAGAGAAAAGCCAGCUGGAGUUGGAGAUCACCACCUUAAAUAAUCGCCUCAUUGAGUUGAGUGAACAGCUGUGCAGUUGUAAGGAGAAGUCCUGCGCAGAGAGAGAGGGGCUUCUCAGCCGUCUGCACUUCCUCACCUCAGAGAACACAGCCACCAAACUGGAAAACCAGAGACUCAAGAGCACUCUGUCAGCCACAGAGGACAGACUGUCUUUGUCUCAGACAGAGGUGCAGCAGCUGAAGAUUUCUCUCAGAGACUUCGAGAGUCUGGUAGAGGGUUACAAGAGUCAGUUGCAAAAGACACGCUUGGAGUCAGAGGAGUACACUUUGAGGCUGGAGAUGGUGGAGAAGGAAGCACAGAGUGACCGCGAGGAGAUGGAAAGAGAGGUGGAACAGAGCCGCAAGCAGCUCCAUGCUCGGCUGAAGGAAAUGGAGAUGCUGCGUGAAGCUCUGAAGCGCUUGGAGAACGAGCUCAGGGAGGCCAGAGAGAACAUGCACAUCCAGGACAGGAGAAACACAGAGCAGAACAGCACUCUGUCUGAGCUCAGAGUCAAGAUGGAGCAGCACAGUUGUAAAAUAGAGAAUCUCCAGGAGAAGAACUUAUUUCUACUUGAAGAGAACAUGCAGUUGAAACGCUCCAUGGAAGGCACUGAAAGGUCUCCGGCACAUCUGCUGAAGAUGGAGGAUGUGAGCACUCAGAACAGGGAUCUGCUUCAGGUUGUCGCUAAGCGUGAAGAGACCAUCCACAACACGCAGCUGCGUCUGGAGGAGAGGAGCCGGGAGUGUGACUCCCUCUACAGACAGCUGGAGCAGGCCAGGGAGGAGGCGCAGAGACAGGUGGGCCAGAGCCUGGAGCGGGUGCUGUCCAAAGAAUGCUCAGCUCAGUCUAAAAUGCUGGAUUUGGAGAGUCAGCUGAGCCUGGCUAAAAAUGAGCUGGGUCAGCUGCGCCGCAGCAAAGAGGAUAUGGAGAAGCGAUUUCAGUGCAAACUUCAGGACAUGAAGAACCAGUUGGAGCAAGUGAACAGCGCCAACCGCAGCCUGCAGAACUACGUCCACUACCUUAAGGCUUCAUACACCAAUGUGUUUGGAGACUCCGCUUUAACAAGCUCACUAAAUCCCCACAUCUAAACCACGAAUGAGCCAGUUCUUUAUUUAAUGCAGUUAUUCUAAGACUUUAAAAGACCUCAGUGAUUUCUUCUGAUGAUCUUUUAAUAAAAAAA